AUGCCAUACGCUCUGUCAGACUCCCACAAGCAAUUGAUUUCAUCGCACCUAAGCGAAUCGGACCCUGAGGUCGAACAGAUCAUCAAGGCCGAAAUCGACAGACAACAGCAUUCGAUCGUGUUGAUCGCGUCCGAAAACUUCACUUCUACCGCUGUUUUCGAUGCCCUAGGAACGCCCAUGUGCAACAAGUACUCUGAAGGGUACCCAGGCGCCCGUUACUACGGUGGUAACGAGCAGAUCGACAAAAUGGAACUUCUGUGCCAGGACAGAGCCCUCAAGGCGUUCGGUUUGUCGCCCGAAAAGUGGGGCGUCAACGUGCAAACGCUCUCGGGCUCCCCUGCCAACCUGCAAGUUUACCAGGCGCUGAUGAAGCCUCACGAGAGAUUGAUGGGUCUGCAUCUGCCAGACGGUGGUCACUUGUCGCACGGUUACCAAACCGACACCAGAAAGAUCUCUGCGGUGUCCACGUACUUUGAGUCUUUCCCAUACAGAGUGGACCCAAAGACUGGUAUUAUCGACUACGACACUUUGGAACAAAACGCCAUUUUGUACAGACCUAAGAUCCUCGUGGCCGGUACCUCUGCCUACUGCCGUCUGAUCGACUACAAGAGAAUGAGAGAAAUCGCCGACAAAGUCGGUGCCUACCUCAUGGUCGACAUGGCUCACAUUUCCGGUUUGAUCGCCGCGGGUGUUAUCCCAUCGCCUUUCGAAUACGCCGACAUCGUUACCACCACUACUCACAAGUCUUUGAGAGGUCCUCGUGGUGCCAUGAUCUUCUUCAGAAGAGGUGUCAGAUCCACCAACCCAAAGACCGGCAAGGAAGUGCUUUACGACUUGGAAAACCCAAUCAACUUCUCGGUCUUCCCAGGCCACCAAGGUGGUCCUCACAACCACACCAUCUCUGCUUUGGCCACCGCCUUGAAACAGGCUGCCACUCCAGAGUUCAAAGAAUACCAAGAACAGGUCUUGAAGAACGCCAAGGCUUUGGAGCACGAAUUCAAGCAGUUGAACUACAGACUGGUCUCUGACGGUACCGACUCCCACAUGGUUUUGGUCUCUUUGAGAGAAAAGGGUGUUGACGGUGCUCGUGUCGAAUACGUUUGCGAAAAGAUCAACAUCGCUUUGAACAAGAAUUCUAUUCCGGGUGACAAGUCGGCUUUGGUCCCAGGUGGUGUUCGUAUCGGUGCCCCUGCUAUGACCACAAGAGGUUUCGGCGAACAAGACUUUGUUAGAAUUGUCGGCUACAUCGACAAGGCUGUCCACUUCGCUCACGACGUUCAACAGUCUUUGCCAAAGGAGGCCAACAGACUAAAGGACUUCAAGGCCAAGAUCGACCAACUAACAGGUGAACUAGAGCCUCUAAAGAAGGAAAUUUACCUAUGGGCCGGUGAAUUCCCUCUACCAGUGUAA